AGAAAAUCAGUGGUUAUAGAAUAGAUCGAUCGAAGCAUCUAGUCUCUGUUGAACUGCAGGCACGUUUCAUACUGCUCUCGUGCGAGUACUACUAAAUUAAGCAGCAAUGGGUGCUCCUGCUGGUGGUGAUACAGAGAAAGGAAAGAAGCUUUUUGUACAAAGAUGUGCUCAGUGUCACACCAUUGAGGCUGGUGGUAAACACAAAGUAGGGCCCAAUCUUCAUGGAUUAAUUGGUAGAAAAACUGGGCAGGCUGCUGGUUACAGUUACACGGAUGCUAACAAAGCGAAAGGUAUUACUUGGAAUAGAGAUACAUUAUUUGAGUACCUGGAAAAUCCAAAGAAAUACAUUCCUGGUACAAAAAUGGUCUUCGCUGGUUUGAAGAAACCCCAAGAGCGUGUAGAUCUCAUUGCAUACAUUGAACAAGCUUCAAAGUAAGCUUAACACCAGCUGAAGAUAACAAAGCAUGCUAUAUGUGUGCAGCAGGUGUCGUAGAGGAAACUAGUACUAUUAUCAUCUCAAACCUCAUGGACAUCUUGCUACAUCUCACUUGACUCAUUCAUUGACACUCCCUCAUUUGGUACUCAAGCGUUUGCAAAGUAUCAAUAGUGAAAAAUUGUUAUUAUUGAUUAUAAGUAGAUGAAUCAUGUUGUAAUUACAUACAUUGACCAGAGUCAGGCUAGAACUGACUAGAAUUAGCAGUACUUCAUCAUGAAAGAUAUUCUGGUGCUCUCUUACGGUGGCUGAGCCAUGCGUAGAUUGUGCGCUAUAUUUAUUUAUGAUUAUAAACUGUAUGAAUUGUUCAACAGAUUGUUAAUCUGUAGCAUAAGAGUAUAAAAAUACAGAUUCGACAAUGAAUUUAUAA